UCCUAAGUCCUGACUCCUGCCUAAACGCAAAACUACUCUACGUUAUUAUACUACUACUUUGCUUCAACUUCUGUAAAACCACCUAAAACUCAUCAAUGAUCAAUGGCGGAAAACAGCUCCAUUUCUGAAAAUCGCCAGGAUUUUGGAAAGUUACAAUACGGAUGCGUCCACUACAAAAGACGAUGCCGAAUUCGAGCUCCUUGCUGCAAUCGAGUGUUCAGUUGUCGCCAUUGUCAUAAUGAAGCAGUGACCUCUUUAAGCAAUCCUAAUGAGGAGCAUGAACUUGUACGAUCUGAAAUUACGCAAGUUAUUUGUGCGGUGUGUGACACUGAACAACCGAUUGCAAAGGUUUGCUCUAGUUGUGGGGUUAACAUGGGAGAGUACUUUUGUGAGAUCUGUAAGUUUUAUGACGAUGAGAGUCAGAAAAAACAUUUCCAUUGUAAUGAAUGCGGGGUUUGUAGGGUCGGUGGUCGUGAGAAAUUCUUUCACUGUUCAAAGUGUGGGUGUUGCUGCUCAACGGGCAUGCGUGACAAUCAUGAGUGUGUUCAAGAUGUCUUGAAAAUCUUUUGCCCUAUCUGCUAUGAGUAUCUUUUUGAAUCAAUCAAAAUUCUGCGACACAUGGGGUGUGGACAUAUAAUUCACAGGGAAUGCUUUGAUAACAUGUUAAAUAAGAAGCAGUAUCGGUGCCCCAUAUGCUCCAAGGCUGUUGUGGACAUGUCAUUAUAUUGGGAAAUAUUGGAUGAGGAGAUUGGAGCCAGUACAAUGCCUGCUGAGUAUCAAUACGAGGUAUUGAUCCUCUGCAAUGACUGCAGUUGUACAAGCAGAGUAAACUAUCAUAUAUUUGGACAAAAGUGCAGUCAGUGCCAUUCUUAUAACACCUGUAUUAUGCAAAAGUUUGAUAUCCAGCCGGAGACACCAUCAGAUAGCUGAUUGUUUUCUUGGACUUGAUUUUGUGGCCAUCGUCGCAGCACUACCAUCAAAGACGUAUUCAGAUUUCAAGAUUUUGUUUCUCAGAGUACUCCUCCAUCUUUUUGAAUUUGCUACAAUUUUGAUUUAAGUCUGUUGAACUUAAUUUUCUACAUUACCUUUUUGAGAAAUGACUCACCAUUCUAUCAUCAAAUCUCAUCCACAAUAAAAUUUCUUUUGAAUUUCAUCCUCUUAUUUCAAGUCGUUGUCAUUAUCAUCAUCGUACCCAAUGUAUCCCGCUCAUAAAAACUAUCUUAAACCAAAAGAACUAAAUAAAGAAACUAAUAUUACUUGUUGCAAAUUCAAGGGGACGGAGGAGUAGAGUUUCGUAUAGCUUGGCUUGUUGGAAUCUAUAAUCUGCACUAUUUGUUCUUGUUUUCUAAAUUGUAUUCAAUCAUUGUUUUAACUGAAAGCUAUCGGCAAGUAGGUUUUACUAUGGUACUAUUAUAUGAGGCAUACGAAUACAGUUUUGUUAUCUACUUCUCACAUAUUAUGGACUACUGUAAGAUUUUUGAGGAUAUUUUGAAGUUGAUGCACUGACUUUGCUUGU